AGCAAACCAAACUGCUCUCCAAGGGAACGGCUUCCCAUGGGGUAGCCCCACAAGAGAAAGACACCCAAAGUGCCAAGCCAAGGGUGCAACUCUUUGACUUUUUGCCCCCCAUCACCUCGGCGCCCAAAAAGGCAAAGGCCCGCUCAUAUGGGGAGUUGGUGGGCAGGAAACUCCCUGCAGAGAACAAUGGAAAGAGGGCAAGGGCAGCAGGGGCAGAGAGCGUGCCAGCACCCAAGGUGCCACAGGGAAGCCCAAAGGCUGAGGGGGAGGAGAGAUCAGGAAAGACGGCCCAAGCACCCCUGGACCAGAAGGAAGGGAGAACCGCACAGAAGAUCCCCACUUGCCAUCUGGAGCUGGCCGUCCCACCCCAUCUGCCAAGGAAACCAGCAGGAAUCAUGCCAGGCCAGAAGCUGCUGAAAAUGCCUCAGGUCCUGCCAGGAAGGGGGAAAGCACGGCUGCUACCACCUGAAGCCGAAGCUGGGGACACAAAGAGGAAGAAAGUGGGGGCAGUGGAUCCGCCCAGGCUAUGCCCCCGACUCCAAGGAGCAGCCUGGCCAGAAUGAUGCGGGACUCCGUGCAGGUGUUCCAUGCCCUGGGGCCCCCGGCAAAAUCCAAGAGUGCAGAGGGACAUCCUGGGCAGAGCGUGCCCCCCAAAACACCAUCGAUGUCCAUGGGAAGGCCACCAUCGGGAAGCAUAGCCCAGCCACCACCAAGGCCAUUGGCAGCCCUGCCAAGCAGACCAGCGGGGAAGGCACCGCCCAGCUCCAUGGCCAGGCCAGCAGCCAUGCCGAUGGCCAACCUUCCCCCUAGCUCCCUGGCCCACCCACAAUCAAUGCCAGUGUGGAGGCCGCCAGGAUCCCGUCCCUUCAUGCUCCGGCCCUCCUCCCUUGCGCAGGCAAAUACCUUGCGAAUGCACAGUCUUGCUGGGAGGACCUUUGGCCAGCCCCAGCCGGCCUCUCAACCACAGCCACAGCCUUGGGGUCCCACACCAACCCACCAACCCUUCCUCCCUGCCCACCAAGCCUCCACGGAGCAUCCGGUCCUUCCACCUGGCCCCCAGAGCACGACAGCAGAGCAGGAGUUUAAUGGGGCCACAUUCAUCCCUUGGAGGACGCCCCCGGCCCACCUGGAAGUCUCCCGGCCCAUGACGGAGGAGCAACGGCCCGUCCGGGAGCUGAUGCGGCGGCGGGCACAAAGAGCGAGGGAGGAGGCAGCUCAGUGGACAUCGGCCGGCCGCAAGCAGUAAUUCGUGGAGCGGGAAGAGGAGAUGAACAUCUCCCUUCAGUAUGGCUACCCCUGGCGCCACUGAGAGGUCCUUUUGCGAAGAGCCAGACAAGCUGCCCCCAAGAAAGAGAAGCAAGCCACACGGGAUGCCCCUCCCCUUUGCCUCGUGCGGAGGGGAGGGAGUUUGUCCCAGCCACGCUCUGCAGGAGGCCUCAAAGGCACCUGAU